UAAGUUAAACAUUUUUGUUUAUGCCAUUUUGUUUGAUAAAACUGCAAGAAUAUACCUAUUCUUAAAGCCCGAAGCUCGGGUUGAAAGCAGCAAACGCGUGAUGCAAAAUGAUAGCUCGACUUAGCUACAGAAAACUUUAAUAGGGGAAAAGACUGUCAAGUGGGGUGAGGAUCAGGGCGCACACGAUUUCUUAGAGAAAACAACACGUGACUUCAAAUAUCACGAAUACCACCUUGUUCACUACGACUCUGUGAUCGUAUAUAGAGCAAUGCACAUUGGCAUUUCCUAGUCUCUUUAUAGUUUUAUUCUAGCCAACUUUCAAAGUAUUACGCGCCAGUGGUACAUAUGUUGGAAGUUGAUGUUUAUCACGUCUGUACACACUGACCUAUCUGAAACACAAAACUCAGCAGCUUCGCGUUUAUGGGUCGGUCGACAGACGCUAAACAGAAUAUUGCAGCCACCGAGUUCUACCUGGAAUCUUCUAAUUUUGUUUUACAGGAAACUGACGUGUAAGCAAAGCAAAUUCCCGUGAAUCAACGCGAUGAUGACUGGAAGGUUAAAGCAGCAUUGUGAAACAAAUAGUGAAACAGUGAAAUAACUGUGCACGUAUUUGAGCUAAAACAAGAAGCGUAACCUACCGCAAACAAGAGAAGGCACGGGAGUGUCAGCUAGCCAGGAUGCCUGUGCGAGUGGAUGACGUCAUGAGCUUAUGCUGCAACCUUUCUCAGCACCAACAAAUGAAGGCUGCAGUGAAGCAUUCUGGGAGGGGGGCUAUUGUGGCAGGAGCAACAGCUUUCAUGGGGGGCCUUGUGGGAGGCCCACCAGGGAUUGCUGUCGGUGGAGCUGUGGGUGGCUUGCUGGGUUGCUGGAUGACCAGUGGGCAGUUUAGGCCUCUUCCCCAGAUUAUCUUGGAGAUGCCACCCCAGCAGCAGCAGCAACUGUAUGACAGCAUCGUGACCAUCAUUGGGAAUUUGGACUGGACUGACGCUGCUCAGCUCAUAGCACUGGUCAUGGGGAAUGCAGUUCUGCAGCAGAAAGUGGCAGCCGCUCUUGUGACUUACAUCACACAGGAGCUCAGAGCUGAGGUCCAGUACGGGGACUAAAUUCCAAUAGCUAUUAUUAUUAUUAUUAUUAUUAUUAUUAUUAUUAUUAUUAUUUAUUAUUAUUAUUAUUAUUAUACUUUAACCAUGUGUUGUAUGGUCUGAGUCCAAAGCACAUAAUUGUACAAAUUAGUCAAAAUCCUGUAAAAUUGUUUUUAGUUGGCAUAUCCAGCAGGAUCAAUGUAUACUGACAUGAGAACUAAUCCUAAUGUAAAAACUUUAGGGUUUUACUGACGUUCAAAAGUAAGCCAGCGCAAUGUUCCCUUGGAUUAAUGCAACUCAACUUAGGGUUAGUUUGUAAAAAAUAAAAGAGCAAUACUUACUUUGGAAGAUCAAUAUUAUAGCAUCAGUAGAGACACAUCUACAAAGAUUUUGCUCCGGUGCAAAGUGUAUUCCACUUUUUUUGAAAGGGAAGUUAGGAAAGCUUCUGAAAUUGAACAUAACAACUUCUGUCUGUUCUCAAUCAAUAGCAUAUCUUUUUAUUUCACUUAAACUAAAAUGUACUGGUAUAAAAAAUUCAGAAGAUCCAAGUUUAUCCUGAUAAAUGUAAGAUGCUAAUAACCUGAUAUUUGAUAACUGUUAUUCAAACAACAAACUAAUAUCUAUUGAUGGCAAAAAUAAACUGAAUGCUAUUUAGGAUUGUUGAAUGUUUACCCAAGCAUUGGGAAUAAGCUCAGUAUCUUGUAUCUUAUUUAAGAAAGAAAAAGCUUUUUUUUUUUUUUUUUUUUUUCCACUACUUCAUUAAAUGGGUUUUAGUUGUUUGAUUAUUGCUGACCUGGUGUGUGUAUGAUCAUUGUUUUUCUGGUCUUAAUGGUGGUUAUUCAUCUACAUUUCUUUAACGUUGAUAUCGGAAGUGUAAUUAUGGUUAGGCGUUGUCAAUAGCAGGGCUGCUGCUGCCGCUGAAAAUCAUUCACAACCAAACCAUGUGCAACAUCGUGAGCAGAAUUUAUUUUCAAUCCUUUAAAUCAAUUUACAUGACGUUCAAUACAUGUACUUAAUUGCAUGACAGCAAUAUAAAGUUUAAUCAAGGAACUACUUGGGGUGUGGAGUAUAUACUGGACACAAAGAGAUACUGAGAUUUUGAUUAGGUUGUUUUUUAAAGCUGUAAAUUGUUGACAUUAGCUGACAAAAAUAAAUGUUUCGAAAUUAA